CAUUCAGUCAGUCCCUCUCUGAUUCACUCUAUCGGCGUGUGUUUGAGGGGACGGGGUAGUUGGAGUAAAGGAGUCGCCGGGCGGCAGUGCAUCUCAAAACGCAUUUUUUUGGGAGCGAGACACCGCUGAAAAUUGCACCACAGACUGAAGAAAACGACCCCCCGGUGACGACUUCUGUGAAAUUUAUUCAACGCAACGACUGCGCCACACGCACAACCAACAAACGCAGCCAGGCUAUAUCAAAUGCUAGCCAGCUAGCAUCCCUGAAAACGGACGGGAUCAAGGUGUUGAUAGCUAGCCUCCCAGCUAAUUAUCCAUCAGAUAGCAUCCUUAGCUUUGCUUUUCCUUCUCGCCGUUGCUCGUGGCGGCGCCUCUCAGCUCGCGAGCACCGAAUCCCACACUCAGACAAACAAAAACAAGACAACGGAGCCUCCUAACCGGCUGCUCUUGGAGACAGCGUCUGCGUUUGCAUUAGUUUGACACCAUCACACCCAUCUCCCCUAACCCCUCUUCACCUCUUACCCCCACCCCCUACCCCCUCUCUCUCUCUCUCUCUCCCUACCACCCGAAACACUGGAAAUCCACAAGCGGCCGGAGAGCGGCGAAGGGCCGGCGAGGCUGGGGGUGGUACCGCUACCGGACUCGCAGGGAGUCGUAACGGCUACAGACAAGCACAGCCGUGGGGAUCUACCGACGAGCAUGGACGGGCUGGCCGUGGAGGUCCGCGGCUCUAAUGGGGCCUUCUACAAGGGUUACAUCAAAGAUGUCCACGACGACUCACUCACAAUCGUAUUUGAAAACAACUGGCAGCCAGAAAGACAGUUGCCCUUCAGCGAUGUGCGGUUGCCUCCUCCAGCAGAGUACCACAAGGAAAUUGGUGAAGGAGAGGAGGUGGAGGUUUACUCCAGGGCCAAUGAACAGGAGCCAUGUGGCUGGUGGCUGGCCCGUGUCAGAAUGAUGAAGGGAGAGUUCUAUGUGAUUGAAUACGCGGCAUGCGACGCCACAUACAACGAGAUCGUCACAGCAGAGCGCAUAAGGCCCCUCAAUCCCAACAGCCCUUCCUCUCGAAACUCCUUCCACAAAGUCCCCAUCCCUGUCCCAGAAGACCUGAGGGACAUCUGUGCAAAUGACAACAUUCACAAAGACUUCAGGAAAGCUAUCGGAGCCAACUGCAUCUUCUACAGUGCCCAAACACACGAACUCAUUGUGCUGUCUACAAAUGAAACCACAGUAAAGCGUGCCACUCUCCUGAGCGACAUGCAUUUCCGCAGCAUCCGUACCAAGCUUAUGCUAAUGUCCCGCAACGAAGAAGCCACCAAACAUUUGGAGACAAGUAAGCAGUUAGCGUCAGCGUACCAGGAGGAGGUGAGGGUCAGAGAGGACCUGAUGGGCCUCGCCAUCGGUUCCCACGGUGCCAACAUCCAGCAAGCAAGGAAGGUGCCAGGUGUCACGGCUAUCGAGCUGGAGGAAGAGAGCUGCACCUUCAGGAUCUACGGAGAGACCCCGGAGGCAGUGAAACAGGCUAGAGAGUAUCUUGAGUUCAAAGAAGACUACUUUCAGGUACCCAGGAAUCUUGUAGGCAAAGUCAUCGGCAAGAGUGGCAAAGUCAUCCAGGAGAUUGUGGACAAGUCAGGCGUGGUUCGCGUCAGGAUCGAGGGAGACAACGACAAAAAGCUUCCCCGGGAGGAGGUAGGCAGGCAGGGGGCUGGCAGGGACGACACUGCCAGCAGCAAAGAGGGUAUGGUUCCCUUUGUGUUCGUGGGAACCAAGGAGAACAUCAGCAAUGCUCAGGCUCUGUUGGAGUACCAUGUGUCCUAUCUCCAGGAAGUGGAGCAGCUGCGUCUAGAGCGUCUCCAGAUUGACGAGCAGCUCCGUCAGAUCGGGGUGGGGUACCGCGCUCCUCCCAGUCGAACUGGGGGCCCUGGUGUCGAACGGGAGAAAGGCUACUUGACAGAUGAGAGUAGCAACUCGCUCCACACCUCUCGCACCUAUGGGGGCCGCGGCAGAGGACGCAGGGCCUCCAACAGCCAGUACUCUGGAUAUGGCACAAACUCUGAACUGUCCAAUGCGUCUGAGUCGGAGGACGUUAUCGACCGAGACCAGCGGCCCCGUGGAAUAGGUGGAGAGGAGAGAGGCUCCCGACGGGGUGGCAGAGGCCGAGGCUCCAACUCUGGACGAGGCCGUGGAGGGCCAGGGUCCAAGCCUUCCAACUCCAUCAGCUCAGUGCUGAGGGACCCGGACAGCAACCCAUACUCUCUGCUGGAGGGUGAGGGAGAGCUGGCCGACACAGACAUCAGUGAAGGCAUGGGAGGAGACCGCCGCAGACGCUCCCGCCGCCGCCGCAAUGACCAGGAGCCCAGCGUGAUGGACGCUGCUACAGAGUCAGACAGCCAGGCCGGCCCCAGCGAGAACGGACUGGAUGAAGAAGCCCGUCCUCAGCGCCGCAACCGAAGCCGUCGCCGCCGUAACCGUGGCAACCGCCCAGAGGGAGGUUCAGCCAGCCGUGACAGACAGCCAGCUGAGAGUGUGACUGUUGCUGACUACAUAUCCCGUGCUGAGUCCCAGAGCAGACAGAACCUGCCCCAGAAGGAAAACCACGCCGGCCCCGAACCCAAGGAGAACGGGACCAACGCCAAGAAGGAUGAACGAACGCCCUCCAAGCGUUCCCCCAGCAAAGGCAUGACCUCGGCCAGCGAGACUCUGACCUUGGUCAACGGGGUCUCGUAAUGAGACGGCCCUGACCCUCGCGAACCCAAGUCUAGAGCAAGACUCCAUGGCAAACUCUGUCCCUGCUUGCAUUAACUUAAACCUUAAACAGAUGAGUGAAAAGUAUCUGACAAAAUACCUGAAUUCAUACUAUGAGAGUGAAAAAGUACAAAAAAACGACAAACGCAUCUACUUAAAAACACACGUUAACGGUGUAUGCUAUCCUAUCUAUCAGUACUUAGUGCUUAUUUAAAAAAAACAACUAGCUUGCCAAAAAAGAGCUGGUGGAUAUGACUUGAUUUUUAAAGAAAUACUGAAACACGAGAAACAGGACGAGACUUUUUUUUUUUUGUUUGUUUGUUUUUGUUUUUGAAACGGUUGUCUUUAUUUGUGUCUUUUUUUUUUUUUUUUUUUUUUUUCUUUUUUCUUUUUGUUAUGUUAAUUUUGUUCAUUGUUUAUCACUGGUUUGGACUUGGCGGUCGCUCUCUCAACCAAAACAGACGCGUCUUUUAACAGUGUUAAAGUACAGACAAGAGAGAUGUAAGCUGCAGGGAGUGGCAUACGAGCAGACAGUCCAAUAGCUUAUGUGACGCGAUGUUCGCACACUGAACCUGGGAGUGGAGACAGACAGACAGAUUGGAAUAUUGAUAGACAUUGUGCCUUGAAUUUGAAAAAAACAAAAAAACAAAAAAUAAAAAAAAAAAACUUGAGUUUUUCCAUUAAGUUUGUUUUUGUUUCCUGAGAGGAAGAAAAGAGGGAGAAGUGUUCCUCCGAGGUUUGUUUUGGUUCCAAGGAGAGAACAGGAAGUGAUAGGUAAAAAGAGAAGAGGAUACAGGGAUAGAGGGAGUGGCUGGCCAACGUGAGGUAAAAGAAGUCUGGUGCCAAACACGAAAUUCAAGGCGCUUGCCUUCAGAGUAGAAUGGACAGCGUUGGGGGUCAGCGCGUGCGUGUAUGGGCGUGCGCGCGUAUGUGUGUGUUUGUGUGUGCACAGUUGAGAUAUUUGGCAACCACAAAACUAAACUGGGAGGGGUAAGGUAACAAAACGAACCGUAGCCCUGGGCGCGUCACACGGUGAGGCAUCUCUAUUUAUCAACAGGCCUGAGAGGUGUCAGGUGAGGUGUCACUUCUCACUUCCUCUCACCUGUUUUAGGUCUUUCGAGGGUACAGGGUGGCACCCGUACAGCCUUGUAAACAGGACAGGCUGAGACCAGACAGACGGCAGACUUGAACUAUAGAUUUAGACUUAAAGAGAAAUAUACCGUGCCUCUUUCUCUGUGUCGGAGGGGGCGGCGGUGCUAGCUUCCAGCCACACUAGUGUCUUGAUAAACCACUGCAGCGCGCAGCUCCGGAUGCACACGAGGGCGACCACCUCUCUGGGACGGGUGCUGCUAGUGGGGGAGGGCCUGGAGACUGCGGACUGUGGGAUUGGGACAGCUUCAAAUGAGACGAGAGCCACAUGACACACAGGCCCACGCUUACAGGUACACACACACACAGGGCAUACACACCAGGUGCGAAAACGCAACAGCACGCGGCUGCGAGUCGGCGUGGUCGCCUGCACGGGCGCAAAGUAGAGGACCGCAACAGAAAACUUUAAACAAGCGAGGUGUCUGUCUUGUACCUGGCAGAUUUGGGUUGGCAAAUGGUGCAAGAGAGGGACUGGCAUCCACAGUGGCUCUCUGCUCAUGUUGUUACUGUUGUCUUGGUUACCGCUCUCAAGUUUUUUUUGUUGCUAUUUCCACAUCUUAGAAAAUAUUAAAUAAAAAAUUGAAGUGAAAUCAACCUCUUCUCUGGAGAUGAACUUUGAUUUCUCUGUCUUGUGAGUUUGCAGUCUAUUUUUCUAACUUGCAUGGCAUUUAGUUAACCGGUAGUAGGUGGUGCCUGUCCUGUGCAUGAAGGAAGGGUGUUAUUAAUCUGACUUACAAAGCCAUUGUUUCAUUCACUAGAAUUGCUGCUAAUGUACACAUUGAAUGUCCAACUAACUUAGAAACUCUACCUUGAAGAGAGAGAAACUUUAUUUGUGACUUAGAACAUUUCCCACCCCGCUUAUCUGCCCAGUUUUCUACUGGUGGAUACGAGUCAGGAAGGGGGGACCCAUUCCUUCACUCACAAGUUUCAGAGUCUCACAAAGUAUUCAGUUACAAAGGGCAACAUUGUGCAUGACAAGCAAGCGUCCACACGACAAAGGUUUUGAGGGACAGAUGAAUGGGAGUGCGGUUGAAUCGAGAUGACCCAGAUGCUGCUGUUAUACAUUUCUGCUCACCUGUAUGUUGUGUUUUUAGAGUAUGAAAGAGCACUUGAGUAUUUGUACCUUGGUUCAGUUGCAUGUGUGUGAGUGGAGGACGAAGCCCUAUCUGGUAUGUUUGUGUUUACCUUUAUACCUCAUUGUGUGAGUACUGUAAUCCCUUAUGUAUCUGUAUCCCUCAUGUCCUAUUGAAAGGCUGCUCUGUGUGUGUGUGCGUGUGCGUGCGUGCGAGUGUGCGUGUGUGUCUGUGUGGAUGCUGGUUGUACAGUCGACUCCUCACUGUCAGAUUUUGUCUCUGGUUUUCUCACUCAUGUUCUGAUGGCAAUAAAGGACUUUUCAUUGUUUGGUAUA